AUUGGCUCUCUGUCCGCCCGCAGGGUCACACGAUCCGCCAUGGGCCCGCAGCCAGCGAAAGACUAUGUCCGACCUGGUCAAAGGUAGGGAUGGGGGCUGCGUCUUCAGUGGGUUCGAAGCAGGCAGCUCGUGCGAUAAUGCACGCCUGGUGCCGAGGGAGCAUGCGUUCUGGUUUGCAGAGAACGAAAUGAGGGCGUACAGUUUUGGGGGCACCGCGACACCGAACGACAGCGCAAAUGGCGUCUGCCUCCGCGCGGAUAUCCGUCGCUGUCUCGACCGACAGGGCUUCGUGUUUUUCCCCGCCGGCUCCCAGUUUGUGGCCUAUUUCAUCAAGGGCGAGCCAGACUAUGCGGAGUGGUACCAUCGGACCGCGGCCCGGAUCCACGAGCGCGUCCCCGUCCAGUUUCUCUACGCGCGUUUCGCGUUCAACGUCAUCCAGUCCGCGGACAUCUGGGUCGCCGUGAAGGUAGUGGUCCCGAGCGCCGAGUUCCGACUGCGGCAAGCGAUGUUCCAGAGGAGAACACAAGCUGCGAACAGGCAAGCGUCUGCCACAGGCCCAAGCGAGCAGUCCGCAUCCGACGGGGGCGUAGGCGAUGCUGUGCUCGCGGAACAUGAUGCGACCCGGAUCCCGGGCAGCCACCGGUCCACCGAAGACGUCUUCUUCGAGAGGUUCCCACAACUACGUCGCGAGGUCGAGUUUUCCGACGACCCCGACUUCAACACCCUCGCCUGGCAUCCCGAGGUCGACAGGAUGCAGGAGCUGAGAAGGGCGUGGCUUGCUCAGAAUCCCCAGAUCAGACAGACAUCUGAUGGGGACGAAGGGAAUUCCGUGGGUGAGCCGGUCCCACCGCUGCAGGAACUUGAAAGCGAUCCCGAGCCCGAAGCGCAGCCGGUUGCAAACACUUCGGCGAGUGGAUGAAGGUGAUGUGGGCGCGUGCACAAAUAAUUAAUCAGCUGUAUCAUCAUCAUAAU